UCUCCUCUCUCAGUUCUCUCUCCUCUCCUCUCCUCUCCUCUCAAUUCUGAAAGAUUGAUAGCUCUGACUCUGAGUAUGGGUUUCAAGUCGGUUUUCCGCUGCUUGCAAGAGGUUUUUCCUCAGAUUGAUGUGCGCAUUCUGAAGGCUGUUGCUAUUGAACAUUCAAAAGAUGCUGAUGCAGCUGUUAAUGACAUUCUGACUGAUGUUCUUCCUCACUUGGGUAGUGGAAAUUCAACUUUUCCCGUGAUCAUUUCUCCCAAUGCUGGGAGUUUUAGAGGUGCUGAGUCUUCUACGGAAUCAGGAUCCAGUUCAUUUGAACAUGUUGAAGAUAAUGCUGGUGCAAAUGGUACACAUGCUGAUAUCACUCUUGGGGUUGAGAUAGAAGAUUCAGGGAUAUCUUCAAAACUAAUAUCUCCUAGUCAUGAAGAUGGGGAAUAUAUUGAUUUUACAAAUGGUGCUCUGCAUGCUGAUGGCAUACAUCUGAAUGAGUCAAUGAAUGGAUCUAACUCUUCAAGUUCAGAUAUUAAAAAUGAUGGUGAUAACAAAAUAGAUUUGUACACUAAUGAAAUCCAUAAGGAAAUUGCGUUGGAGUUAGAUCAGGCUGAUCGUGUCCUGUCAAAGGCUGCAAAGCUAAUAAGAGCUGAUGAUGAGCAAGAGUGCACGGAUACUGGAUUUGAAACUUUUUUUUCACCCAACUUAUUAAUGUCCAUAGUAAGUUCUGACCAAAGCCAAUUUGGUGUGUCAACUGAGGGGCUUAAUGAUAGUUUGAAAAACCCAUCCUUUGAGGUGGAAAAGCGAGAAUAUUUUAUGGCUAAUGUUCAUGAUGAAGAUCAAGCAAGGAGUUUUUCAAGUCUUACUUCCCAGAAAGACUGUUCUGUUGCUAGUAAAACAGGCAGCAUUCAGGAUGACAUCUCUGAAAACAGCUCAGUUUUACAAUCUAAUGAAAUUUCCAGAAUUGAUAUUCUUGAUGAGAUUAUUGAAGAUGCCAAGAACAAUAAGAAAACCUUGUUUUCUGCGAUGGAGUCAGUCAUUAACAUGAUGAAAGAAGUGGAAAUUCAGGAGAGCAAUGCAGAGCGUGCAAAAGAGGAAGCUGCUCUUGGAGGGUUGGAUAUUCUGAUCAAGGUUGAGGAACUGAAACAAAUGCUGGAACAUGCAAAGGAAGCAAAUAGCAUGCAAGCUGGAGAAGUGUAUGGAGAGAAGGCAAUUUUAGCAACAGAAGUGAGAGAGCUUCAAUCUAGACUUCUCUGUUUGUCAGAUGAAAAGGACAAAUCACUAGCAACUCUUGAUGAGAUGCGGAAAACCCUGGAAGUACGGCUAGCUGUGGCGGAAGAUCUAAAGAAAGCAGCUGAGCAGGAAAAGCUAGAAAAGGAAGAAUCUGCUAGGAUUUCACUUGCUGAACAAGAAGAGAUUAUGGAGAAUGUGGUUCAGGAGGCAAAGCUAAUAGCACAGGCGGCUGACGAGAAUUCCAAGUUAAGAGAGUUUUUGAUGAACCGUGGUCGCAUUUUGGAUACUUUACAAGGGGAAAUCUCUGUUAUAUGUCAGGAUGUUAGUUUGCUGAAGGAAAAGUUUGACAAACGCCUUCCUCUAAGCAUGUCCGUUUCGUCUAGCCAGACGAGUUGCAAAUUAGCUUCAUCGGGGUCGUCCAUGAAAAGCUUGGCAUCUGCAUUGAUUCACGAGGAAGACAAGUCUUCUAAGAAGCCAGAUGACUCAAGUCCAGGUUCCUCAAUCAUUGAUGUGCCACCGAUAAGCAGAGCCGAAGAGAACAACAUGAAGAAGCAAGAUCAGAAUGAACUUUCAGAAGACGGGUGGGAUAUCAUAAAAGACGCAGACACCGAGACAUGGAUGGUGAAAAUGGCAUAGAGAUCCACGAUUUUCUAUUUUUAUUUCACUUGCCUAGUAUCCUACACUCAUAAGCAGACGCUUUGAAUGGAGUCUGCACUCGUAUGUAAUUACUAUAUCUAGAUAUUAUUAGUUGUACAUAUUUGAAAGUUGAAACAAUAAGGGGGCAGGUGAGUGUUAAAGAUUUUAAAGUCCGAGAGUACUAAAUCAGUUUAUGUUAAUAUUUAUUUGAUUAUGCGUAAUGAUAAAUAGUCCUGUUUUUGUUUC